UGUGUGUGUGUGUGUGUGUGUGUGAGAGAGAGAGGGUGAGUGAGUGUGUGAUCCAGGAUGGGCUUUGGUCGAGAUCUCAGGAAUUCCCACGAGGGAUUACUGAAGCUGCAGGACUGGGAGUUAAAGCUGUUGGAGACUGUGAAGCGCUUCAUGACUCUGCGUGUGAAGAGCGAUAAGGAGUACGCUGCCCUGCUGCUCAGCAUGACUCAGCAAACUGAGAAGCAGGAAGCUGCUGAUUACAUCAGCACAGUCAGCAAAUCGUGGUCACAGGUGAUUCGUCAGACUGAAGCAUUGGGUCGUGUGAUGAGGAGUCACGCUGAUGACCUGAACUCUGGUCCUCUGCACCGCCUCGCCACGCUGAUCCGAGACAAGCAGCAAGUGAAGAAGAGCUACCAGAGUCUUCAUCAGCAGCUGGAGAGCCACAACCACAAGGUAACCAGGAGCGACCUGGAGAAGCUGAAGUCAACGUAUCGUCAGCUGAGCCGCGAAGCGAACAACGCCAAAGAGAAAUACAGAGAGGCUCUCACUAAAGGCAGGGAAGCGGAACGUGCACGUGAGCGUUACGACAAAGUCACGGGCAAACUUCACAACCUCCAUAACCAGUACGUGUUAGCGGUGUGCGGCGCUCGGACACAGCAGGAAGAACACCGCCAGCAUUCGGCGCCUGAUCUGCUUGACGCCCUCCAGAGGAUGCAGGAGGACAUGACGCUCGCACUUCGGAGCAUUCUUCAGGAAUAUAGUGAGAUCAGCAGUCUUCUGACCGACGACAUCGUCAAAGUUCAUCAGGAGAUCUCGGUGGCAGUUCAGCAGAUCGACCCACUGGCUGAGUACCAACAAUUUAUCGACGCCUACAGGUCCCCGGAGACUCCGGAGACGAGUGUGGAGUUUGACACAAGCCUGUUGGAGGAGACGGACAACCUGCCGGCCAACGACAUCCUGUGGAACACGCUGACGGCUGAAACCCUGCAGGCCAUGUCAUCAUCGGCGACGGCGGAGCUGACGUUGACGCAGCAGAAUCUGAGGACGAAGGAGGCGCUGGCCGAUGACCUCGACGCCAAGAUCCAGACGAGUCAGCAGAACGCAGAGAGGACGAGCGACUGCGUCCUUCUGCUCAGUCAGAAACUCUCUCUCCUCGAGCUCCGUCACACUGUCCAGUCGCUGCGGUCGUCCGAGGCCCGUCUGGCCUCCCAAAAGGCUCUGCUGGACACCAAGAUGGCUGCCGCCGCCACGUCCCCGCCGCCGCCACCGCCGCCUCCCGCACUGCCGUAUGAGGACGACGCUCGCUCCGUUGGAUCGACUGACAAGACAAAGGAGCGAACUUCUCGCUUCGACACCCUGCGUCACUCUCUGGCGGGAAUGAUUCGCUCGCCUAAAGGGAUGCUUGGCUCCUCCUCCUCGCAGUUCUUUGAUGUCAUCCCGACAGAGCGCCCCCUGGCAGACCAGGAGUGGUAUCACGGCGCCAUCCCUCGCACUGAGGCUCAGGAGUUGCUACGGCAACAGGGAGAUUUCUUGGUGAGAGAGAGUCACGGUAAACCGGGCGAGUAUGUCCUGUCGGUGUUUUCUGACGAGCAGCGGCGACACUUCAUCAUCCAGUAUGCAGAUAGUCAGUAUCGUUUUGAAGGGACAGGCUUCGGUACAAUCCCUCAGCUCAUUGAGCAUCACUUCUCCAGCAAACAGGUCAUCACCAAGAAGUCUGGAGUGGUGUUGCUCAACCCUGUCGUCAAGGAUAAGAAGUGGAUCCUGAACCACGAGGAUGUGUCGCUAGGGGACCUGCUGGGAAAGGGUAACUUUGGAGAGGUGUUCAAAGGAACGCUGCAGCGUGACAAAACGCCAGUCGCCGUUAAAACCUGUAAAGAAGACUUACCGCCGGAGCUGAAGAUCCGCUUCCUGUCUGAGGCCAGGAUCCUGAAGCAGUACGACCACCCCAACAUUGUGAAGCUGAUUGGCGUUUGCACACAGAGACAGCCGAUCUACAUCGUCAUGGAGCUGGUUCCAGGUGGAGACUUCCUGUCGUUUCUGAGGAAGAAGAAGGACGAGUUGAAGACGAAGCAGCUCAUCCGCUUCUCCGUUGACGCCGCUGCUGGAAUGGCGUACCUGGAGAGCAAGAACUGCAUCCACAGGGACCUGGCGGCAAGGAAUUGUCUGGUUGGCGAGGGCAGCGUUCUGAAGAUCAGUGACUUUGGGAUGAGUCGUCAGGAGGAUGACGGCAUUUAUUCUUCGUCUGGACUGAAACAGAUUCCCAUCAAAUGGACGGCACCGGAGGCGCUUAACUACGGUCGUUAUAGCUCAGAGAGUGACGUGUGGAGUUAUGGGAUCCUGCUGUGGGAAACCUUCAGUCUGGGGGUGUGUCCUUACCCUGGAAUGACCAAUCAGCAGGCUCGAGAGCAGGUGGAAAAAGGUUACAGGAUGGCGUGCCCUCAGCGUUGCCCUGAAGAAGUGUACAAAGUGAUGCAGCGCUGCUGGCAGUACAACCCAGAGGACCGGCCCAAGUUCUCCGAGCUGCAGCGAGACCUCAGUACCAUCAAGAAGAAGUGAUGACAUCAUCAGAGAGGGGCGAAGACAAGUCACUUUUUUAGAUCAGGUGGGCGUGGUCAGCAGCUGCGUCACAGACCUGUGUUGGCAUACAACUGCACCUACGUUGUAAACAACAGUGGGCGGGAAGCAUGCCGAGGUCCACACCACCAGCUAAUAACCUGAUCAAUCAAUAACGGAGCUAAGAGCAUGAAUGUAGUGAGGUGUCCUGCUCUGAUUUACACUGAACCUUCUUAUCACGUCUCAAUCAUCACAGUAACAGACUGACACUACAGGAACCUAAAAGCUACAGCAACCUCAGUGGUUACCUCGGUAACAGUUCCUGGGAUUUCAGUGAUUAAAACCCUCUAUUUAUUGUGAAAAGAAAAACAAACCAAAAACAACUUCUUUUUUAUGCCAUAAGCUAGAAGACGCCGCUGCCGGCCCCACCACUACUGUAACCAUGGCAACAGAGUGAACACUAAAAACACUACAAACUCUGCUUAUUUUUUUAUUUAUUAUGUUUUUAGUCAUUUUAUUUCUUUUUAUGCCAAAAAACAACUGGAUGUCAAUCAUCACACAGACCACGCCCACCUACCUUCCUUUUUUGUGUGUAGUUUCUGACCAGUUUCCAGCAUCUUGUCAGGUAAACGUAAGAACCUACAUUUUACAGUUUCUUAUUUUGAACAUUUUUAAAUUUUACAUUUAAUUGUUUUUUAAACACUUUUUUUUCUGUUUUUUUGUAAAAUGGCUCUACAUAUAUAUAUGUGUGUAUAUAUAUGUAUAUGUAUAUGUGUAUAUAUAUAUAUGUAUAUGUGUAUAUAUAUGUAUAUAUAUAUGUAUAUGUAUAAAUAUAUAUAUUAAAAAAUAAAAUCAGCACUUAUUCAAUACAUUUGCUGGUUGCCAUGGGAACUGAAAACUCUAAAAGUAUUAGAAAGUUGCGUGUGUGAGCAUGAUGGAUUGAGAGUCCUGAUUGGUCAAGAUCACUACCUGGACUGCGUGAGGGUGGAGCCUGAAUUUGAGUUGUGUCAGAGCUACUGACUGUUACUGUAAAUAAAUGAAACACUAAUCUUCUGUCUUUUAUAUUUGUUUACGCUCUUUAUAAAAAUAUCGUAGCAUUUAUUACGAAAAUAAAUCAAAUGUCAAAACA